ACAAUCCUAUAAAUAAAUGUUGGUAUUGGUAACCUAUCAAUUAGAAGAGUCAUAUGACUAAGUUCAUGAUGAGGUUAAUUGUAGUUUUCUUUUGUGCUUUAGCUUGUUUUGUAAAGCUAAGUAAGGGGGGAGAUGAUAAGUUAUACAAUUUGCAAGCUAAUAAUUAUGAUUACAAAGAUGCAUUAAGCAAAGCGAUCUUAUUCUUUGAAGGGCAACGGUCGGGUAAGUUGCCGGCGAGCCAAAGGGUAAAGUGGCGUGGAGAUUCUGCCCUAACUGAUGGAAGGCCUGAUAAUGUAAACUUGGUGGGAGGAUACUAUGAUGCAGGGGACAAUGUGAAGUUUGGGUGGCCAAUGUCAUUUACGACAGCCUUGUUAAGUUGGACAGCAAUUGAAUAUAAAUCAGAGAUCUCUUCAGCCAAACAACUUGAUUACCUUCUCCAAGCCAUCCGUUGGGGUUCCGAUUUCAUCAUAAAAUCUCACACCUCUUCCAAUACCCUCUACACACAGGUAGGAGAUGGAAACGCUGAUCAUCAAUGUUGGGAACGCCCUGAAGACAUGGACACACCAAGAACACUCUACAAGAUCACUUCUUCAUCCCCUGGAACUGAAGCCGCCGCCGAUGCCUCAGCUGCCAUGGCUUCUGCAUCGAUCGCGUUCAAAGGGCUUAAUUCCAACUAUUCUUCUAAGCUAUUAAAACAUGCACAAUCACUCUUUAACUUUGCAGACAAGUAUAGAGGAUCUUAUUCAGCUUCUUGCCCUUUUUACUGCUCUUAUUCUGGUUAUCAGGAUGAACUUCUAUGGGCUGCAGCAUGGCUGUACAAGGCAACUGGGAAAAGCAAAUACUUGAACUAUGUUUCCAGCAAUAAAGGAUGGAGUCAGUCAGUUUCCGAAUUCAGUUGGGAUAACAAGUAUGCUGGGGUUCAAGUUUUACUAGCCAAGGAAUUUUUAGGAGGUAGGCAGAUGCUGAGUGAUUAUAAAAGCAAAGCAGACUCGUUUGUAUGUUCGAUUGUGCCUGGAAGUGGUUCUGCUCAGUUUCAAACUACUCCUGGUGGACUUCUAUUUGUUAGAGAUACAGCAAAUUUGCAAUAUGUAACAAGUGCAUCAAUGAUAAUCUCUAUCUAUGCUAAAGCUCUAAAAAAAGCUCAUGUCUCUGGUGUCCAAUGCGGCUCAGUUAAUCUAUCUCUUUCUAAGAUCAAGGCAUUCACAAAAUCACAGGUGGAUUAUAUUCUAGGAGAUAACCCUAUGAAAAUGUCAUACAUGGUGGGUUUUGGAAACAAGUUCCCACAACAAGUGCACCACAGAGGAGCUUCAAUCCCAUCCAUUAAAGCCCAUCCAGCUAAAGUAGGCUGCAACCAGGGAUACUCAAAUUGGUACAAUAACAACAACCCGAAUCCAAACGUACAUGUCGGAGCCAUUGUCGGAGGUCCGGAUGCAAAUGAUGGGUUCAAGGAUGUGAGAUCAGACCAUACCCAUUUAGAGCCUACUACCUACUUGAAUGCUGCGGGUUUGGGUUUGUUGGCUGAUAUGCUUUCCGGUACUCAUGCCGCGGAAUCUUCCAAGUUGAGCUUCAUGUGGAAGGUUAUAAAUGAGACCUUUGAAUUGGCCAACAUAAUGUAAUCAUGUCCUACAUCAUUAUAAAUUGAUGAAAUUGGCAUCAAGCAUAUAUGAAUAGUAUAAUUUAAAUUAAAUAAAUUUGAAGGUUCUAUACUUUUAUGGGUCGGUUGCAUGCAUUUUAAUUUUUAAGGUGUUACGUUGUACUAAUAGCUAGUAGUACAAUAUAGCAAUAACGUAGAUGAAUUAUUGUAUCUUGAAAGAUGGAAAAAAUAUCUUACUAGAGUAAUGCCUUUAAA